AGGAAAAUGGGACCUGGAAAUCAUUCCACAGUGACAGCCUUCAUCUUGGCUGGACUCUCAAACCAGCCCAGUCUCCAGGUGCUGCUGUUUGUCCUCUUCCUACAAAUCUACAUAUUCACAGUGGUUGGCAAUGCGGGCAUGAUGACACUAAUUGGAGUCAGUGCUCACCUGCACACACCCAUGUACUAUUUCCUCAGUAAUCUGUCCUUUAUUGACCUCUGCCAUUCUACUACUAUUACCUCCAAAAUGCUGGUGAACUUUUUGAAAGAGAAAAAUGUCAUCUCCUACCCUGAAUGCAUGGCUCAGCUCUACUUCUCUUUUUUUGCUAUUGCAGAGUGUCACAUGUUGGCUGCAAUGGCCUAUGACCGCUAUGUUGCCAUCUGUAACCCUUUACUUUACAAUGUAGUCAUGUCUCAUCACCUCUGCUUCUGGCUAACAGUGGGAAUUUAUGCUAUGGGUAUCAUGGGGUCUUCAAUUCACAUGGGCUUCAUGUUGAGACUUGUUUUGUGCAAAACCAAUAUUAACCACUACUUUUGUGAUCUCUUUCCACUCUUGGAGCUGUCCUGCUCCAGCAUCUACAUCAAUGAAUUGCUGAUUCUUUUCUUAAGUGCAUUAAACAUAUUGGCUCCUACCCUGACUGUUCUUACUUCCUACAUCUUCAUCAUUGCCAGCAUCCUGCGCAUUCGCUCCACUGAGGGCAGACACAAAGCCUUCAGCACCUGCAGCUCUCAUAUCUCAGCCGUGGCUGUCUUCUUCGGUUCUGCUACAUUUGUGUACUUACAGCCAACAUCAGUCAGCUCAAUGGGCCAAGGGAAAGUGUCAUCUGUGUUUUAUACUGCUAUAGUGCCCAUGUUGAAUCCAUUAAUCUAUAGUCUGAGAAAUAAGGAUGUCAAAUCUGCCCUGAAGAUAAUUCUGGACAGGAGAGUACAUUCAUGA